ACUCGAUUAACAAUCAGUUACCAGUCAGACUUGCAGUAGUGCACUCGGAAAGGGGAAUUUCGCGGUUGAAAAUGUUUCGUUUAUUGAGACCAAUCUUGGACAAUAAACUCCGUCCUGCGGGAGUAUUCCGAGAACUGCGAACCACACAGAGCAUUUCCCACCUCAACACUCAGGUCGGCUAUGAAAGAAACAUUAUUGAAUCACGCUAUGGACCGGUGAAUAUACCAAAAAUGUGCCUAACGGAUUACAUCUUCGAAGAGUGCGAAAAAGUAGCCGAUAAACCGGCACUAUCUUGCGGCUCGAGCAAACGCAGCUACAACUACGGUAUGUUAUAUGAGAUGACACGGCGUAUGGCACGUGCGCUUCUGUCGCAAAAGGGAUGCGCGAUGCGAAAAAAGGAAGUCGUUGGCAUUCUACUCCCAAAUAUUCCCGAGUAUGUGCCGGCCCUGCAUGGUAGCCUUUUGGCCGGAUUGGUGGUCACUUUUGCGAAUCCACUUUAUACGCCAGAGGAGAUCUGUCGGCAGUUCGAAAAUGCAGAUGUCCGGCUAGUAAUAACGUUGCCAGUGUUGCUACCCGUUGCACAAGUGUAUAGAAGUAAAGCAAAAAAGUACAAAGGUACGGUUUGCAUCGGUGGAAAGCAUAACCUAGAUGAAAAUGUCUUCGGCUUCGAGCAACUGCUGCGAGAAGACCAUCGUUCGGAGCUGCCAGAAAUUGACCCUGAAGACACGGCCAUACUGCCAUACUCAUCUGGCACCACUGGUAUGCCCAAAGGAGUUGAACUCAGCCACAAUAAUUUAGUUGCGAACUUGGCCCAAGGAUCGCAUCCGGAAAUGAACAAAUAUUAUCGGCCUGAGUUUGCUGGAUAUACUGAAACGGUUCUUACGAUACCACCCUUCUUCCAUAUUUAUGGUUUGAAUGGCAUUUUGAAUGUUUCUCUUAAAACAAGAAACCAUCUGGUAUCCAUUCCACGGUUCAUCCCCGAGGACUACCUCCAGUGUUUGGUGGAGUUCCGCCCGAAGCUUCUUUUUGUGGUUCCAUCAUUGAUGCUAUUUCUUGCCACCCAUCCGAAGGUUACCCCGGAUCAUCUGUCAAGCGUGGAAUCGGUGCUGGUGGGUGCUGCAGCGGCAUCCAUCCAACUACAGGAUAAGUUUAAACAGAAAUGUGGAAAGGAUGUGGAUAUCACUCAGGGGUACGGCAUGACCGAAAGUUCUCCCGUGACACUCUGCACGCCAUACAAAUACGAUCUAUCGAAAGUGGGGACCUGUGGGCAACUGUAUCCAAAUACCCAAGCGAAGAUUGUAUCGCUCACGGAUGGUAGCAAUCUUGGACCGCAUCAAACUGGUGAGCUGUACCUUCGUGGGCCUCAGGUGAUGAAGGGCUACCUGAACAAUGUGAAGGCCACAAGCGAAACGUUGGAUUCGGAAGGUUGGCUUCACACCGGAGAUGUGGCGUAUUAUGACUCCGAUGGAUUUUUCUACAUUGUCGAUCGUACCAAGGAACUCAUCAAAGUUAAAGGCAAUCAGGUUUCUCCAACCGAAUUGGAGAAUUUAAUUCUUGAAUUGCCGGAAGUGUCGGAUGUGGCAGUCGCUGGAAUAGCGGACGAAACGUCAGGGGAGUUACCGAGAGCUUAUGUGGUGCUUAAGCCGGACAAAACUCUGGACUCUGCCGUAAUAGUGAAUCACGUAAAGGAACGCGUGGUGAAAUACAAACAGUUGGCCGGUGGGGUCAUGUUUGUGAAGGAAAUCCCACGUAACGCCGGAGGGAAAGUUCUUCGACAUCAGCUGCAUCUUCUCGGGGCACAGCUGGACGAUUGAAGACCAGGUGGCCUUUGUUAUAUGAUUAGCAUGUCAAUUAAUUAGCUCCUUCCAUUAAUCCCGAUUAAAUACACAAUAAAACCAACAAUACACGUUUCAACAAAUAGAAA